GCCGUCAUUUGUUUUUUGACGUGUACACACGUUCGAGCGGUGUUUGUUGUGGUUUUUAAAUGGAAAAAUAUCGUAAUUUUUCAAUUAUCAAAUUGAAAACUACUCGCCGCAUCUGAACUAUAAGUGUUAAUGCGUACAACAAAAUUUGUUUCGUUGUAACUAUGUGUAAGACGUGAAUGUUGUGUUAAGAUUUCGAACUGGAUAUUCUGUGGUACACUAUUACGAAUUUAGUAAUGUUUUUUGUUUACUUUCGCGUUCAAUGCUUAGCAAGAACAAAUUUACCAGGAAUAUGGACGAGAUAAACAGUUCAUGACGUUUAGUUUAUUAGAAAAACGCUAGUAAAACGUAUAUUCAAGAUGCGUCUUAAUGUUAAGAAAGCCCUCAUAUUUGUGGGCUGUGUGGUGUUCUUAUGGCUAUUAAUAUCAUAUGCUUCUGUGAUAGAAGUACCAAGACCUGCUCCACAAAGAGAUCCUACUGUAGAAAUAGAAAAUAAGAUAAUAAAGCUCCAAAAGCAAGUUGAUGCACAGAUGGCUGAAAGUAAAAGCCUUUUAGCAAAAGUAAAGAAAUUAAAACGAAUAUCAGAAGGUGAAAAUACUGGAGGUGAAGAUGAAAAUCUUAAAGAUGCAGAAGUAGUGCAGCAUCUUACUCAACCAAUCCUGCCGGUUCUAGUGAUAGCCUGCGACAGGGUGACAGUACAAAGGUGUCUGGAUAAUCUCGUCAAAUUCAGACCCAGUAAAGAAACCUUCCCAAUUAUUGUUAGCCAGGAUUGCGGCCAUAACGCGACCUAUGAAGUCAUCACGUCAUUCACGGCGUCCGAUCCCACGAUCUCGGUCGUCCGACAGCCUGAUUUGUCGGAGAUAGUACUGCCACGAGUCAAAGUGAAGUUUCGAGGAUAUUACAAAAUAGCCAGGCAUUAUAAGUUCGCGUUGAACCACGUAUUCGAGACGUUGGGACAUGAAGCCGUCAUCAUUGUUGAAGAUGACCUUGAUAUAUCUCCAGACUUCUUCGAGUAUUUUCUUGGCACCUAUCCCCUUCUGCUCAAAGAUCCAUCGCUGUGGUGCAUAUCAGCAUGGAAUGACAACGGGAAGAUGGAAGUGAUAGACAUGUCGCGACCUGACUUGCUGCACCGCACCGACUUCUUCCCCGGCCUCGGCUGGGUGCUCAGGAAGGAGAUGUGGGUCAAACUGGCUCCGAAAUGGCCGGCUGCUUUCUUUGACGACUGGCUCCGUAACCCAGUAAACAUUGAUGGUAAGGCCUGCAUCAGGCCUGAGAUAUCUAGGACAUACUCCUUUGGAAAGGUGGGUGUGAGUAAAGGUCUCUUCUUCGAUCUCCACCUCAGGAACAUUCAGCUCAACAUGGAGUACGUGGAGUUCACCAAGCUCAACCUUACCUAUUUGCUCAAGGAUCAUUACGACGAGUCUCUAGCAUCGACAGUGUACAACCUGCCCGAGAUGUCGGCGAGUGAGGUCGUGGCUAGCUCGGAUUUGAGUUCAGAUCCCGUCCGCGUCAUGUACAGCAACGCGAAGACCUACCAGCGCGCCGCCAAGAAACUGGGUCUUAUGGACGAUUUUAGGAGUGGAGUCCCUCGCACGGCGUACAGAGGUAUAGUGACGUGUUACAUAAAAGGACGCCGAGUCUACCUCGCCCCCACCUUCGAAUGGACCAAAUAUGACCCCUCAUGGGGCUAACGAACAAUCCCCCUAUUUCUAGACCCCCAUAGUGGUGACAACAAUAUGAUACGGUAAUAAGAACUUUAAUGAUAUUUGGAUAAAGUUUAUUUUGGCUGCUCCUUUCAAUGUCACUCUCCCUUCCCCCAUUAAUCUAAGCAGGCUGUUUCUCUUAUGUUCUCAUAACUAUUCGACGUCACCUUUUCAAGAGAUUGGGCGUACAGUUCUAAACUUUUGGUGUUUAUAGGCUCCUGUAAUGGCUUGAAACUAGUCGAGCGCCCUUUUCGGGCAAAAUUCCUUUUUAAAAUGCAACGCAUAACGCAUGUCUCUGACGUUGUGAGUGUCAGUGUAUUUAAAAUUAAUCAAAAGCCAACGUCAUAUCGUAAUUUUGAAUAGUAACUGUCGUGAAACAUUCUUAAUACAUUGAAAAUAAAGUAAAAGUCUUUACAGUUUAUUUACGUGUGAGAGAAUUCGUUAUUUUCAAUACAUCAACGUCUUAACAUUCAUUUCAAUUAGACCAUUUAAGACAGACAGUUAAAAAGUGUCUGUCUGUCGGUCUGUCCUCUAGGGAAGCUCUUUGACUUGUCAAGCAUCAGAUUUCGGCCGUACUAGUGUAACUACUAUCUUAAAUAUUGAAAAAUGUGUAAAUACAAUUUGUACUCGGGAUCUUUUCGAAUAUUUACACUAUAUUGAAUAGAAUUUUAAAUUUUAAAAGAGCUAACUAUACUAUUCAUAGAGAAAAAGAUAAGUUUUAAUGUAAGAGCUGAAAAUUUAACAUUUCGAUCGCCAUGGUCGGCUGUAGACGACAUACGAAAAAUAAACUAUUACUUGAAUAUUCCUCAUAAUUUAUACUAAUACUCAGGAACUAUUUGUUCGAUUUGAAAAAAAAAAAUAUUUGUUUUUAAUAGACCACUUAUUGAAGAAGACUUGAAGCUAUUAAACAUCACGCUACAAUCUGUAGGAGCCGAGCCGCUGGUGAAACCGUGCGACAGUAGCUAGUUAAGUAGGUUUGUCGGCUAAUGCGGAUCAUGGCGGUCAAAGGGUUUAGGAACAUCAUAAAAAAAAACAUCUGAAUGGAAUGUUAUUUCUGGCAAACCAUUUUUUGUGUGAAUAAAUUUAGCUCAUACAAAAAAACUCAGUUCACUGCUCAUAAAAUACUUAAAUAUCAUUGCGUUGAAGCCAUAUUUUCGUUACCAAAACCUCCCUUUUAUCUUUGUCGAGCUUACUUUAUAAAUUAUCGAAUUAUUCUUUAUCCACAUAUAAAUCUUGUAACAAUGUCGAACACGCCAAAAAAGGAUGAGUAGUUUCUUUUCUCUACUCACUAGAUGGCGCGGUAAUAAAAAGAGUCCAUGACUUGACACUAGAAAAUUGUCUAUUGAACAAACAGUACUUGAUGUCAGUGCCAUCUACUGAGCUUAAAGCGCGUUUAAUCGCGAGCGUCGCAACCUCUAUUUGGCGAAGCCAUUCGAGAGUUGUGUGCCUACAAAUAUUUAGGAUGAUAAUUUUUAACCGACUUCAAAAAACGGAGGAGGUUCUCAAUACGUCGGGAUCUUUUUUUAUAUUUUAUUAUGCUAAUAUGACUUCAAUGUAGUGGUAUUUCAUUAAAAAAGAAUAUAUAUAAUAUUAUCUAAUGCCAAUAUUAUAAGUCGAGUCGACUUAUUUUACAUUAAUUUAGUACCUAAUUGGUUUUUAGUAACUUUGUGAACUAUAUAUAAAGUUACUAAAACUUAAAGCAAAGUGAUUUUAGGUAAUUUUGUACAUAUAAUAAGUGUAUUUAAGUAAUGUAAUUCUCCGUCGUACUCAGAGACAUUUAAUGAUUACUUAGGGCCUGCUGAUUGUGAUUUUUUGUUGCUAAGUUGAGUGCAAUGAAGGUAUAGGAGUGUGUGACGUGACAAUACGGUGUCUAAUAUUUGCAGCGUGACUGAUAGCCGACCUGUAGGCCUACCAUGACAUGUUAAAGCGUGGAUCUUCAGGGCGAGAAAGAGGGAUGGAGCUAUACACCUUUUAUAGCUCCAUCCCUCUUUCUCUGUGGCAGUCUGCUCACUAGAGAUUUUUGUUUGGUUUUAGAAGCGUAUUUCAUUUUGAAGUCCAUUACAUUGGUGAUAGUUUACAAAAUUCAAAAUCAACUACGGGCCUCAAAUUGUUGCUUAGUAACGAUAUUUUUUCGAAAACAAUUAUCUGUAUCCAUUGGACUUAAGUAACCAUUAAAUGACUCUGAGUGUCGUUUAGUAUUUAAGGUGAAUUGGUAAUGCAUUUUAUUAUAAUGCCAACUAGAUUUGUGCCCGCGCCUUUGACCAUAGUCAUGAGAAAAAAAUAGUCUAUAUCUCUCUCUGGAUACCAGACUGGAAAGGUUAGCUUGAGUAAAUGCAAAAGUACCAGCUCUACGCAUUAAAUAACUGUAUUUUGCAACAGAUCUCAGAAAAAGUUAAGAUUACUUAGCCAUAAUUAUCUUUAUUAUUCUUAAAACUCGUCAGUAAAAAAAUCUAAUUAAGACAAUAUUUUAUUAUGUUGCCUCUACAGUGUAUUUGUUUAUUACAAUUUUAUGAAGACCAACUGACUGGUAUAUGCCAGUUACACAGACAAAGGUACAAAAAUAAGCAUUUUUUAUUUAGUAAUGGGCAUUUGUCCUAUUUGGGUAAGUGAUGAUGCGACAUACGAUGGUGCACGUCUACCCAUAAGCAACCUAUUCACUCGGACCUUUAAGACGUUCAGGUUAUAUUAUACCCUUCGAUUAACACAGACUCUGACACAGAAUUCCACUCCUUAGCGGUUCUUAAAGCUUUAUACGCCAUAUUUUUUUUUAUAAAACAUUUCCCGCAGACAUGGGGUUUUUCUUUAGGUGAAAUUCAUUUGUGUACAAUAUUACUGUUUUCAACUUAAAAUAAUUCCCUAAUUUUCACAUCACAAAAUUACAUGAGUUCACAGUGUUUUUUUUUAUUAGCCAUAUUUGUUAUAAUGAACAUGACAGCCCACUGCUAGCUGCCAUGGUUCGCCUGAUCGCAGUUUAUCAGAAAGCACUGCUGCCUGGUUUCUGUCAAAUUCUUAUUGUUAUAAAAUGCAUUAUCAACUAAUUUUUGUUCGCCAACUAGCUUAAUAAGCUAUUCAAUGUACAACCCGAAUGAUAGCCUGAAUUUCCAACUCUGACAAAUGAUUAUUUAAUAAUAUACUGCGGCCUCGGUCCUGCAGGAGAAAGAACGGGGUGGUUUUUAGUCAGUCAAUAGCCGACACUCUACAUCGCCUUACCAAGGGUUGGAAAAGUCAUUUGAUGAUUUUCCCCCUCCACAAAAGUUUUUAGUUGAUUUCUUCCAGGAUUCGCGCGAAAACCGUAUUUCUAACAGAAUAGUAAUUAAGGUUAUGUUAUAACCUAAAACCAGGUUCUAAGAAAUAUCAGAAAUAAAUCUAUACUAUUAUUAUUAUU